AUGCAAGGAGUUACUUUUCUUCUCUGGGCACUCAGUAUCGUGAAUGCUACUGCCAGAUGGGCUCCCAAACCUGAAGUUACAUGGGAUUACCAUCUUAAGUCAGCUUUAAAGACUCCAGUCAAAGGAAUCGAAGUUUACGAUAUUGAUCUUUUUGACAACUCCAAAACGUCAAUUGCCAAGUUUAAGGACGAGGGAAUCAAGGUGGUAUGUUACUUUUCGGCGGGAAGCUACGAGAACUGGAGACCCGACAAGAACGAGUUUAAACUGUCGGAUUUGGGGAAACCAUUGGAUGGCUGGGAAGGUGAAAAAUGGCUUGAUCUCAACUCGGACAAUGUUCGGAGUAUCAUGAAGGCCAGAAUGGACAUGGCAGUGGACAAAAAGUGCGAUGGAAUUGACCCCGAUAACAUUGAUGGCUACGAUAAUAAAAAUGGACUUGGUUUGACAAAGAAAGAUUCCAUCAAUUAUGUCAAAUUUUUGGCAAAAGAAGCCCACAAGCGUGGUCUUGCGGUCAGCUUGAAGAACGGCGGUGCUAUAGUGGACGAUGUAGUGGGAGAUGUGGAUUUUUGUGUGCAAGAAGAGUGUGUCGAGUAUGACGAAUGUGACUUGUACCAGCCAUUUAUCAAGGCUAACAAGGCAGUUUUUCACGUUGAGUACCCAAAAGGAGAAACUCUGAACAACAAGAAUGUUAGCGCUGCAAAGGUGAAAGAAAUCUGCAACAACAAAAACGCAAAGAAAUUUUCCACCAUUAUAAAGAAUAUGAAUCUCGACGACUGGAUUCAAAAGUGUCCCAAAAAUUAG